AUUAGGAGGAAACACAGUGAAAAUUGUUUUUCUUAGAAAACUGCAAAAUUAAAGUGAUAGAAGAUUUUGGUGCAUUUUUCAAACAAAAAUUUGAUAGUUUAUUACCUUCUACUAAUUUUUCACUUACUCAAAGUUUAGAUACACAUAAUUUUGAGACCAAUCUGUAUUGUGAUUCAAAUGCUAUCGUAAAUUAAGGCGAAUUAGAUUGGUUUGGGUAUAUUGAAUAAUUCGUUUACAUAUGUACAUUUAUAUGUAUGUACAUAUGUAGAUUUAGAAAAAUUUUCCUUAAUAGAGCAUACGUUCGGAUAUCGUUUCUGCGGGUGACCUGAGAGCUGCUGAAAAUAAGGCGAUAGGCUUACUAAUAAAAUACUUGCUUAUGUCAACUAUUGGUUCGAGAAUUAAGGAUACGAUUUAUGUCCAAUAAUCACAGUAUACAGUCAAAUUUGCUAUACGGAGGAAUAGACUACGUUUUCAGGUCUUCAGUAAACGAUAAUAACAUCAUAAAGCCUACGUCACAACGAUUCCCGGUGGUUUUAUCAAAUUUAAAUCCGAAUAAUAACUCUCAGUCGAGAGCACUGACAACGAUGUCUGACACUCCUUUAACUAUUUUACAUUACAAUGAUGUUUAUAAUAUAGAGCCAAACUGCGGGAAGGAGCCUGUAGGUGGGGCAGCACGUUUUUGCACAGCAAUUAAAUCGUUUGCCCAUCUGAAUCCUCUGAUUUUGUUUAGCGGUGAUAUAUUCUCUCCAAGCAUGUUAAGCACUUUCACUCAGGGCGAGCAGAUGAUACCAGUAUUAAGUAAAACGGGAACUCAUUGUGCCGUAUUUGGAAAUCACGAUUUUGAUCAUGGUUUGGAUGUGCUGACAAGUUUAAUAAAAAAAACCGAUUUUCCUUGGCUUAUGUCAAAUGUUGUUGAUAAAGAGACCGGAAGGCCUCUUGGAGGUGGAAAAAAAUUUCAUAUCAUUUCACAUAAUCAAAUAUCCAUUGGACUAAUAGGACUGGUAGAACGGGAGUGGCUGGAAACAUUACCAACUAUUGAUCCGAACGAAGUCACCUACAUCGACUACGUUGAAGCUGGGAGUAAAUUGGUAUCCGAAUUGCGAAAUAAAGGAUGUUACAUUAUAAUUGCUUUGACCCACAUGAGGACCCCAAAUGAUAUAAAAUUAGCAGCCAAUUGCUCCGGCAUAGAUCUAAUUCUUGGUGGACAUGAUCAUGUAUAUGAAAUUAGAGAGGUUAAUGGAAUAAAAAUUGUAAAGUCUGGAACGGAUUUUCGUCAAUUUUCAAAAAUAACAUUAGAGAAGGAUCGCGAUAAGGACGGUAAACUUACGAUAGCAGUUGAAGAAGUAAAUGUCACUUCAGAUUUUGUGGAAGACAAAGCUCUUAAAGAAGAACUGGAAAAAUACUCAGAGGUUGUUGAAGCCAAAAUGACUGAAGUUUUGGGAAAUUUUGGUGUGGAAUUGGAAGGCCGCUUCUCUAUAAUCCGGAGUCAAGAAACAAAUUUAGGCAAUUGGGUAUGUGACGUUGUUCUCGCUGCUACAGGAGCGGACGUGGUGAUCAUCAACUCAGGCACUUUUCGCUCAGAUCAAAUACACCCUCCAGGAUCGUUUACAAUGCGUGAUUUAGUUAAUAUAAUACCAAUGCGAGAUCCUCUUAUUAUUUUGAGUGUUACUGGCAAGUGCUUAUGGGAUGCCUUAGAGAAUGCCGUGUCAGCUUAUCCCAAAUUAGAAGGCAGAUUUCCUCAAGUGAGUGGUGUGACGUUUGCCUUUGACCCCGCGAAACCUCCUGGAAAACGUAUAGAUCCACGAUUGAUACAGGUGGCAGACGAGUUCAUUAACUUAGAACAAAUGUAUAAAAUAUGUAUUAAAAGUUAUAUAUAUAAUGGUUGCGAUGGUUUCACAAUGUUCAAAAAUGCUCAAAUUCUGAUUGACGAAGACCUUUGUCCUGAACUAGGUCUUACCAUACAAAAUCAUUUCAAAGCAAUUAAUAUUCGAAGUGAAAAGAGCGAUCAUCAUACCAAACAUAGGCAAUCCUUAGUUACUCUUUCACGGCGACAUAGUAUGGUACAAAUGCUCGAAAACCUAGAUUUAGAUGGUCCAUCGCCAAUAAGAAAGUUAUCCGUUGGACAUCAAGGAAAAUCUGUGGAUAUACUCCACACUAAAAGAACGAAGAUGUUCCGAAGGGCCUCUUUGGAUGACUUAGAGCAGGCAAGCUGCGAUUUGGCACCAGCCGUGCAACAACGGAUUAUCAAAAUUCAAGAUGAAGAGCACUUUCAUCACUUAUUAAUGAAAAGUGAAGCUUUUACGAAAAAUUCUGUGAUUACUGAAACCGAAGAGGAGUAA